AUCUUACAAAAAUAGACUUUUUGUUAUGAAAAAUCCAGUAUUUCUAUUUCAUAAGGGUUUUAUUUUAUAGACACUAAUACCCUCUUGGAUUUUGAAUGGCAAUCAUGUAUACCAAGGGCGAGAUGGUCAUUUCCCCUAAAAGGACCAUCGAUAAUAUUUAACAUUUGCAGCUAUAAAUAGACCAACAGGAAACCAAAUGAGCAGAGAUUUUAGAUUUCAAACUUGGACUUUUUCCUUCGUUCCAUUUUCCCACAAGAGUCAAAAGCUCCCAGUUCUUAGCAUAUUCUGCUUCUUAUUCGGGCAAGGAAAAUCGAUUCCAAAAACCCUUUUGUUAGAUUCACAUCUAAAACUAGUAAAUCCAUCGAGAAUCGAAGCCAGUAGUUCUCCUGUUUCCUUUGUUUUUUCACUCUGUUCUUGAUUAUUCCUCUGUAACAUCAAUUGCACAUCAUGCAACAAAACAGUCAAUAUAAUGACAUCGGGUCAUCUCUUUCUAAUCUAAUUUUAAGCGGUGGAAAUGGUAGCAACACCCUAGAUUCAAUCUUCACUCACUGUUCAUCAUCUGUACCUUCGAACUCGAUUCAUCGACCACUAGGGUCCUCAGUUUACCUGAAACAGAGAGAUUUGCUCCACAAAUUCUCCGAGCAAAAUUUCGGGAAAAAAAGUCUGUCGAAUUUAUCUACAACGACCCCAAUCGGGUACCCACGGUGUUUAGAUUAUUCCAUCAAUCCGUACAAAAAGAAGCUUUACAGAGGAGUGAGGCAGAGGCAUUGGGGUAAAUGGGUGGCGGAGAUCAGACUACCUCAAAACAGAAUGCGAAUAUGGUUGGGAACCUACGAGACAGCUGAAACAGCGGCGUAUGCUUAUGAUCGGGCGGCAUAUAAGCUACGAGGUGAAUAUGCGCGAUUGAACUUCCCAAAUGUCCAGGAUCCGAGUCAAUUAGGGUUAAUCGGAGAUGGGCAGAGGUUAAAUGCGCUUAAAAGUGCGGUUGAUGCCAAGAUUCAGGCCAUUUGUCAGAAAUUGAGGAGAGAGAAAGCCAACAGGAAGAAGAACAAGAACAAGAACAAGAAGAAGAGCGAGAGUGAGGAUGAUGAAAGAGAAAGAGAAAAAAUUAUUAAAAUAGAAUAUUCUUCUUCGAUUUCUUGUGUUGGGGAUGAAUUAAUGUCGUCAACAAGUAUGUCUGAAGAUGGGUUUUGGAAAGGAGAGAGUUCACAGUGUUCAGGGUCCGGCGAGUCAAAGGUGGUAGCAGUUGGUGGUGGUGAGUCGGAGUUUGAAGGAUGCUCUCUUGCUCGCUUGCCUUCUUAUGAUCCAGAUUUGAUUUGGGAAGUUUUAGCAAAUUGAGAAGAUCUGACUAGCUUAGGCCAAAAAUCAUUCCAAUUGUUAUUUAAAAGAUGCACUAAUUUUGGAUGUUGCUGUGUCCCAAUGUAAAAUGCAGACUUGAUGAUGAUGAGAUAAUAUUAUUACUACGUAUUUAUUUUUUCAGUAAAAGGUAAAAAGUGUAAUAGUAAUAUAUUGGGGGAAUUCUCAGCCACAUAUCUUGACUUGAGUUAUCCCUUAUUAUAUAGUCUUGGAAAUUAUUUAUAUUUACAUAUGAAUAUGAUGACGGACACUGUGGUCCUGGUGUGGUAUGGGAAUGUCUAAUAUCCACAAACAAAAAUGAUUUGGAUCUUUACAAGUCUGCCCAUGCCAACAGAUUUCCAGCUGUUCACGUUGGAAAGAUAAAAAAGAUUUCGCUUUCUCAA